AUGGACCAAUUGAUCCCUAUUAUAAACAAGUUACAAGAUGUGUUUAAUGCAAUUGGUCAAUCACCUAUUAACUUACCACAGAUUGUAGUUAUUGGUAGUCAAAGUAGUGGCAAAUCGUCCGUACUUGAAAAUAUUGUUGGAAAAGACUUUUUACCACGAGGUUCAGGAAUUGUAACACGUCGUCCUCUUAUUUUACAGUUAUACAAUUCGUCGACGAAUGGCGUGGUAGAAAAUCAUGAGGAGACUUUACGUAGUGAAGAAUGGGGUGAAUUUCUUCAUCUUCCAGGCCAAAAAUUUACGGAUUUUAAUGAAAUUCGACAAGAAAUUGAAAAAGAAACGGAUCGUCUUACAGGAAAAAACAAAGGAAUUAGUAACAAAAGUAUUAAUCUUAAGGUCUUUUCUCCUUAUGUUUUGAAUCUAACGCUUGUGGAUUUACCAGGUAUUACAAAAGUACCUGUGGGAGAUCAACCUGUGAAUAUUGAAGAACAGAUUCGAGAUAUGUGUAUUGAGUUUAUUUCAAAUCCAAAUUCCAUUAUUCUAGCCGUUACAUCGGCUAAUACGGACUUGGCUAAUAGUGAUGCACUUAAAAUGGCACGGGAGAUUGAUCCAGAUGGACAACGUACCAUUGGAGUACUUACCAAGCUGGAUCUUAUGGAUGCUGGUACUGAUGCGAUGGAUAUGCUUCAGGGACGUGUGAUUCCACUUAAAAGAGGGUAUGUAGGUGUUGUAAACCGCAGUCAAGCGGACAUUAAUGCGCAGCUGUCGAUUCGUGAUUCUUUGCGAAAAGAGCAAACCUUUUUUAAAACGCAUCCAGCAUAUCGAGCCAUUGCAUCGAGGAUGGGAACCCAGUAUUUGUCCAAGACGCUCAAUACGAUCCUGAUGCAUCACAUUCGGGAUUGUCUUCCAGACAUUAAAUCAAAGAUCAGCACGAUGGUUAAUGAUCUUGAUCAAGAGCUUGGUGAGAUGGGGUCUCCUACGGAACGAAUGACGGCCACGGAAAUGGGCGGCUGUCUGCUUAACCUGCUGUCACAUUUUUCGAGCAAUUUUACUAACUCACUGGACGGACGCAACCACCAGCUCGUUGAGAUGGACGAGCUUUAUGGCGGCGCACGCAUCAAUUACAUUUUUAAUGAGAUCUUUUCCAAGUCUUUGCGUGAGGUGAAUCCGUUUGACGGACUUAGUGACGAAGAUAUCCGAACAACCAUCCGAAAUGCCAACGGCCCGCGCCAGUCGCUGUUUGUUCCAGAAGUAUCGUUUGAAUUGCUAGCAAAACGUCAGAUUAGUCGCUUGGAACAACCCGGUUUGCAGUGUGUGGAUCUCGUGUUUGACGAGCUACAGCGAGUGACGUCACAGUGUGAGACAAUUGAGCUGACGCGUUUUCCUGAGCUGCGCGACCGUGUUAUGGAAGUGGUCAAUGGCAUGCUGCGAGCUUCAUUAGUUCCAACGCAAGCAAUGAUACAGAACCUCAUUCGGAUUGAGUUGGCGUACAUCAACACGAAUCACCCUGAUUUCAUCGGUGGCAGUCGUGCGGUUGCCCAGCUGAUGGAAAAAAUGCAGCGUGAGACGAUGACAUCGACUGGGGCACUUACCAAUAAUAUGAUAAGCCAGGACCCGCGGCGCACGGGGCAGGCGUCAAAGCCCCAGAACGCAGCUCCUGCCGGCUCAGCCGAAGAGAAACACGAAGGAAACGGUGUUAUGUCUUUAUUGGGAGGUGGUCGCAGGAAAAGUGGUGCGGAUGCUCAGGCAAGCUCAAAGCCAGCAGUCGUCAAACUUCCUCAGGUACCAGUGAGCAUGCGGCAAAGCGAUGAUCCUACUGACAGGGAACGCAUUGAGACGGAGAUUAUCAAGAGCCUGCUUGCGUCCUACUUUGAUAUUGUGCGGAAAAAUUUCCUUGACUUGGUGCCAAAAGCUAUCAUGUGCUUUAUGGUAGGACACUCGAAGGAAAACAUUCAGAACGAGUUAGUUUCGUCCUUGUAUCGUGAGGACAAACUGAAUGAGCUGUUGGCAGAGACAGGUGAUAUUGCAACGCGGCGCUCCAACUGUGAUGAGAUGCGAACGCUACUUCAGCGUGCUCUCGAGAUCGUGAAUGAGGUACGUGACUUUAACACAUUCAAGUGA